AUGCAUUCCCAUCUCCACACCCCUUACAAUGCCAAUUGCGAAGAGAUCAUGAAUGCUCUCGAUGAAUGCCACGCCAAGGGAUUCCUGCACAAAGCCAUUGGAAGUUGCAAUGAUAUCAAGCGCGACGUGAACAAAUGUCUCUCCGCAGAGCGAUACGAGCGCGCAAGACGCAACCGCGAGGAAGCGCGCAGCAACAGACGGCGUGUUGAGGAGAUUUGGGCUAAAGAGCGCGAGCUUAGGGAAGGGCCUGCUCCGACGGCGACGAAUGCUGCGACUACUGCUGGUGACGCCAAAGCAGUAGACCGUUCCGUUCCUGUGAGAUGA